AUGCUUCGCACCAGAGACUCUUCACCUCUGACUAGCAGCACUACCUACGAAACACCGUCACUAACAGAUCUCCAGAAGCUUCUGUGGCUCAGAGGAGGCUCUGAUAAUCAUGUGGACCAAGUCUGGCCAAAUAUCUACGUGGGAGAUGCGUGGGCUGCUAGGAGCAAAACUACACUUCAAAGCCUCAAAAUUACUCAUAUCCUUAAUGCAGCAGAUGGACCAUAUAGCAUCAACACGGGAGCCAAAUAUUAUGCAGAUCUGCAAAUAGAGUACUAUGGAGUAGAAGCAUUUGAUGAUCCUGCCUUCGAUUUAAGUAUCUUCUUCUAUGAUGCUGCCAAUUUCAUACGCAAGGCCUUAAACUCUUCAGGAGGUAAGGUGUUUGUUCAUUGUGCCAUGGGAGUGAGCCGCUCAGCAACUUUAGUGCUUGCCUUUCUAAUGAUCCAUGAAAACAUGACACUUGUGGAUGCCCUGAAGACAGUGAGUGCUCACAGAAACAUCUGCCCAAAUACAGGGUUCCUCAGCCAGCUCCGGGACUUGGACAUUAAACUGAACGAAGAGAGGAAAAGAAACAGAGCAUCUGCUGCCAUAGGCCUGUAA